UCCGGCCGGUGGGUUUCCGGUGUAGUUGUUCGGGGUGUUGUGUGAAGUUUAUAUUUGCCGGUUAAGAUGAUAUUAUUGGAAAUCAACAACAGAAUAAUCGAAGAAACACUACGGCUCAAGUUCAGAAAUGCCCAGUCAGGCAAUAAACCAGAGGCUGUCGAAGUCAAAAUUGCCGACUUCGAUGGAGUUCUGUACCAUGUAUCCAAUCCAAAUGGUGACAAGACAAAGAUAAGGGUCAGCAUUUCAUUGAAAUUCUACAAGGAACUCCAAGAACACGGGGCAGACGAGCUGUUGAAAAGAGAAUAUGGUCCCUUGCUAACAACAACUGAGGAUGGUUACAAUGUGUCGCUGUUGUUUGAUCUGGAAAACCUUCCCGAGGAUACAGAUGGUGUUGCACGCAAGGCCAGCCACCUCAAAAGGAACUGCUUUGCGUCUGUGUUUGAGAAGUACUUUGACUUCCAGGAGCGUGGCGAAAUCGGUGACAAGAGGGCUGUUAUUCACUACAGGGACGAUGAAACUAUGUAUGUCGAGGCAAAGCCAGACAGGGUCACUGUAGUCUUCAGCACCAUAUUCAAGGAUGAAGGCGAUGUUGUACUUGGAAAAGUGUUCAUGCAGGAAUUCAAAGAAGGCCGCAAGGCAAGCCACACAGCACCGCAAGUGCUCUUCAGCCACCGUGAGCCUCCAAAGGAGUUAGAGAACACGGAUGCUCGUGUCGGCAACAGCAUUGGCUACAUCACAUUUGUGCUCUUCCCUAGGCACACGAACCGUCAAGCAAGGGACAAUACAAUAAACUUGAUUCACAUCUUCCGUGACUACCUGCACUAUCACAUCAAGUGUUCCAAGGCCUACAUACACUCCCGGAUGCGUGCCAAGACGUCUGACUUCCUCAAGGUGCUCAAUCGUGCGAGACCAGAUCCAAAAUCUGUAGAGAAGAAGACAAUCACGGGACGGACGUUCACACGCAACUAGCAAUGACAAGCUGUUAUCCACGCAAAAGGCCUCCAAAAGAAGGAGGCCCCAUUUGUUUAACCUUGGCACACAAGACGCAAUUGACCCAAUGGGUUUUUAAUUUAUGCGCCAGAGACGCUUACCAGCCUUGUUGUGUUUGACAGAUGCAGAUUUAUAGUUACAUCUUCCCCCUUUUUUUGUAUUAUUUUCUCGAGAUUUUUUUUUGUUUGUUUUCCCUUCCCAGUUACACAUUCAUUUGUCACACUUGUGGGAAUAAAUUUUGUGAUGUUGUAAAAAAAAAAAGAAAUAGGGAGCACGGUUACACACAAGUGAUUGACACUAAACAUAUGCAUUAUGGUAUUACUUAGCUGCUUUCCAAAUAAGGCUAGGUGCGCCUCCGUUCUUGAUUUUUUUUAUAUUGAGCACUGAUUUCUAGGCUUAUAGAAAUCUUUUUUUGAAUCAUUGAUUGCAGCUGUUUGCGGGGACAAACACUGUGUGCUGUAAAUAUUGAGGUGAUGAUGAUGAUUAAACUAAGUUCUUUAUAA